AUGCCACGAACUUACAUUAAACGUAAUAAUAAGCAACAAUAUUCACAAGAAGAUUUACAAUUAGCGUUAAAAAGUAUCUCAGAUGGAUCAUCCAUUAAUCAAGCAUCGCGUGAUUUUCAAAUACCUCGUACAACACUACAGCGUCAUACGGGAGAGAGUUUAUAUCAUAGUGGGUUAGGUCGUCCAUGUGUAUUCACAAAAGAUGAAGAAGAGCAUUUAGUAAAUGCUUCGAUUGUUUUCCAGGAAAUGGGAGAACCAUUAAAUGUAGACGACUUUCUUCAGUUAACGGGUGUUUAUGCUAGAGAAUUGGAAAAGUCAGACAUGUUCGUUAAUGGGAUUCCUACUCGGGAAUGGUGGUAUAGUUUCAUUAAGCGUCAUCCAGAUUUAAAAUUAAAAUCCGUUCAACCAUUAGAAAAGCAGCGGGCUGAUGUAUCUCCUAGUUUUAUUGAAAAAUGGUUUGAUUUAUUAGAAUCUGUUUUCAAGAAACAUCAUUUAUUUGACAAACCAUCUCAAAUUUUCAAUUGCGAUGAAACAGGUUUCUCGGAUAAGCGUGCCAACAAAAAAGUUAUUAUGCGCAAAACCAUUAAGUAUACGUAUCAAAAGCAGUUCGGUACAGGCGCUGCUUAUAAUGUAUCAACUAAUGGAUGGAUGGAAGAAGAUAAUUUUUAUCAAUGGUUCGCCGAGGUAUUUUUACCGAAUGUCAAGGAUAUUCCAAGACCAAUUUUAUUAUUAUGGGAUGGGCACGGUUCCCACAAAAGUGUUCGAUUACUUGAAUUAGCAAUACAAGAACAGAUAGUUUGUAUUAGUUUACCACCUCACACAACACACGUUCUCCAACCGUUGGAUGUUGUCGUAUUUAAACCAAUUAAAGAUAAAUGGAGACAAAUUUUAUCAAAUCGUCGAAGUAUUAAAGAAGCUGUUACAAAAGAUCAAUUUCCCGGUUUAUUAGCUAAAUUAUUUGAAAACGGUGUUAUCAAGAAAUCAAAUAUUGUUUUGGUAUGCCUCCAUCCGUUAGACAGAAGUAACAUUAUUAAAGAAAAAGUUUUAACAAAUGCCGAUGAUACUGAAGAAUCGGAUAAUGAGCCGACAUGUAGUCCACCAAACGGUUAG